GGUAACAUUAUCCGGGAUAUUGAUUAUGCAUGGCUGCGUCUGAUAGCGAAGAAUCGUAUUUUUCUGGCUUAGAGGAAGAAGACAGUUCAGCAUCUGGAGAGGAAAGUGAGGAUCAAGAGACUGUUAGCGCGCGUCAUGGAGACGAAGAGGAAGAGUCUGGAAAUGAGGAGACGAGUGGUGUGGAUGAAGGAGAAGGAGAGGGAGAAGACGAUGAUGAAGAAUUGGAUGAUAUCAGGCAGCAAAUGACAGACAACGUGUUUGGUGACAAUGGACAGACACGAGACAUACAAACAGACGACGUUGCUGAUUCUAGUGAUGAAGAGACAUUAAAUCCAGUGGGCGACAUUCCAAUGGAAUGGUACAACGACUACCCACACAUUGGUUACGACUUGCUCGGAAAGAAAAUCAUGAAACCGGCUACGACGGACGAGCUUGACAGAUUUCUUGCUAAAAUGGAUGAUCCAAACUGGAAUCGGACCGUUCAGGACAAAACAACUGGUAGAGACAUCGUACUGACGGAUGAGGAGGUGGAUAUGAUACAGAGGAUACAGACGGGGAGAUUUCCUAGUGGAUAUGAUCCGUAUGCUCCGUAUGUUGACUGGUUUAGUGGUGAUACAAUGUUACAUCCGUUGGUUGAUAAACCUCCUGUUAAGAAAAACUUUGUGCCAUCGAAAUGGGAGCACAAAAGGAUCAUGAAAAUUGUAAGGGCCAUUCGUAAUGGUUGGAUCAAGCCUAAGAAGACUGACCAUGAGAAGCCACGUUAUUACCUGCUCUGGGACAAACAAGACCAAGAGUCAAAGAAACAUCCAAUGCACAUUCCAGCUCCCAAGAUGAAACUUCCAGGCCAUGAAGAGUCAUACAACCCACCAGCGGAAUUCUUGCCAACCGACGAGGAAAAGAAGAAAUGGGAAGAGGCACACCCGGAUGAUAGAACAAGGAACUUUCUACCACAAAAAUAUUCAAAUCUUCGCUCGGUUCCAGGUUAUCGCAAUUUCAUUUCAGAGAGAUUUGAACGAUGCCUUGAUCUCUACUUGUGUCCAAGACAAAGAAAAUUUAGAGUCAACAUUGACCCUGAAGAUUUGAUACCAAAGUUGCCCAAACCGAGAGAACUGCAGCCAUUUCCGACGUCUGUAGGAAUUGUGUAUGAAGGGCACACGGAUGUUGUCAGGACUAUUGACUGUGAUCCAACAGGAGAAUGGCUUGCUUCAGGCGGUCACGACUGUCAGGUUUGCUUCUGGGAAGUCAGCACUGGUCGAUGCAUGAAGUCGCUAAACUUACCAUUCAAAGUGUGCAGCAUUGCUUGGUGUCCAAACCCAAUUAUAACACUCGUUGCCAUUGCAUGCGAGAGUAUCGUAUUCAUUGUCAAUCCAAUGUUGGGGGGCCAUCAACUCUAUGGUGCAACUGACUUAUUGAUAUCAAAAUUUGGUGGUGAAGAACAAGGUCCCGGCUCAUCUGGAUUGUCUGAGUUGGUCACAUGGUCUACUUGCUCUGGUUCUGAUGUUACUGACGGACGACGACUUUCACUGCAGCAUAAACACGUUGUCAAACAAGUUGUGUGGCACGGAAAAGGCGACUACUUUGCAACAGUAAUGCCUGAUGGUGGAAACAGUGCUGUUCUUAUUCAUCAGUUGUCGAAGAGGCGAACUCAGAAUCCAUUUAGCAAGAUGAAGGGUCCAGUUCAGCGAGUUCUCUUCCAUCCAACAAGACCUCAUUUCUUUGUUGCUACUCAACGUUACAUCAAAGUUUACAACUUGCAGAAGCAGGAACUGACGAAGAAGCUGAUCACUGGCGUUAAGUGGAUUUCCAGUUUGGAUGUUCAUCCUCAAGGAGACAAUGUUAUUAUGGGCAGUUAUGAUCAACAUCUGUGUUGGUUUGAUCUCGAUUUGUCAGCAAAACCGUACAAAACGAUGAGACAUCACAAGAAGGCUGUUCGGCAGGUUGUGUAUCAUCGGCGUUAUCCUUUGUUUGCUUCGUGCAGCGAUGAUGGGACGGUCGUUGUGUUUCAUGGAAUGGUUUAUAGCGAUCUAAUGCAGAACCCCUUGAUUGUUCCUGUCAAGAUUCUACACGCUCACAAAGUGGUUGGUCAGCUAGGCGUAUUGGACUGCGUGUUUCAUCCUACGCAACCUUGGAUAUUUAGCUCUGGAGCUGAUUAUACUGUCAAACUAUUUACAUAGAACAUUACAAAUAUAUCAAUUUGUACAUUCUU